AUGAAUCUGUCGAUCAACGCAUCGCUGCUGAACGCGUCCGUGAGCGAAGGUGAGAUACUGCUCUGCGACGGUGCGUCCACCAUCCCGGAAGGGAUAGCGAGUGCCCGGUUUCAGGUGUUGGUAUGGGCGGCCUACACCGUCACCCUCGCAGCCUCGAUCGUCGGCAACUGUUCCGUGCUGGCGAUCGUGGCGACCCAGCCCCGGAUGCGUACCGUCACCAAUCUGUUCCUCGCGAAUCUCGCCCUCGGCGAUCUGCUGAUGACGCUCUUCUGCGUGCCGUUCUCGUCCGUGUCGCUGUUCGUGCUGCAGUACUGGCCGUUCGGGGCGGCCCUCUGCCGGACGGUCAACUACUUCCAGGCGGUGUCCGUGCUGGUGUCCGCCUACACACUGGUGGCGCUGAGUGCCGACCGCUACCGGGCGAUUAUGUGGCCGUUGCGAUCGCGCCGUCGACCGCCGCGCCGUCCGGUCGCACUGCUGCUGAUCGGGGCCGUGUGGGCUGGGGCGGCUGCCACCGCCCUACCCAUCCCGCUGCACUCGGCCCUCGUGCAACCGAGCGCCUGGCAUGCCCACUGUGACCAGGCCGUCUGUACCGAGGUGUGGCCAGAUGCCGUUGCCGAUCGGGCCUACUCCCUCACGCUUGCACUCGCCCAGUUCGCUCUGCCCCUCGCCACGCUCGUCUACACCUACACCUGCAUCGGGUGGCGUGUUUGGGUCCGCAGCACCAACGCCAGCUUCCCGUCCGCCUCGGUGCGACAGUUCCGCCGGGCCAGAAGACGCACCGUACAGAUGACGCUAGCGGUCGUGGCCGCGUUCGUCAUCUGCUGGCUGCCGUUCAACGCGCUGCUGCUGGCACCGCUCGACGAUCCUUCCUGGGCACCGUUGCCCUACCUUUGGUUCACCUUCCACUGGCUCGCCAUGUCACACUGCUGCCUGAACCCGCUCAUCUACUGCUACAUGAACGCGAAGUUUCGGGCCGGCUUUCGGGCGCUGCUGCUCCAGCCGUUGGUGCGACACUGUCGGCGCGGUCGCCAUCACGCGACGACCGUCAGCAGCGAGCGACUGCCCGUGGGAAGCGCGGAGGUCGAACUAACAACCCAGACAAGGCCGAAACCGUUAGCCCUGCUCGAUUUGCGGCGAACCGCACCGUCGCACGACGCUACAUGGCCGGAAGAUUGA